UUUGUUGUUAUUAUUAAUAUUAACUUUCUUCCUAUUUAAUCAAAAACCCAAAUUAUUCUUCACGACUCUUCAACUUCUCUUCCCUUCUCACCGGAAAAUCUCUACGGCGGCGGUGGAAAAAUAUAUUCCCCAUUCGGCGGCGCUUUUUUGUACAUAGUAUUACAGUAUGGGCAAAACUUGGUGGUGCUUGAUUUUUGUUACCUGGUUAUGUCUUUUUGCGUUUUCAGAUGGCAGAGAACUCAAGACCAGGCAUACGAGUCAUCUUGCGCAGUAUAAUCAUACACUUGCUACCAUAUUAGUGGAAUAUGCUUCUGCGGUAUACUUGUCAGAUUUGACUCAACUUUUUACUUGGACGUGCUCUAGAUGUGGCGACUUGACCAAGGGAUUUGAAAUUAUAGAGUUGGUUGUUGACGUCGAGCAUUGCUUACAGGCAUUUGUUGGAGUAGCCGAUGAUCCGCGUGCUAUAAUCAUUGCAUUCAGAGGAACUAAUGAACACAGUUUACAGAACUGGAUUGAAGAUUUAUAUUGGAAACAGCAUGAAAUAAAUUAUCCAGAUAUGGACGAUGCAAUGGUACAUCGUGGUUUUUAUACUGCAUACCAUAAUACAACAAUACGCCCUGCAGUUUUAGGGGCUGUUGAAAGAGCGAAGAAGUUUUAUGGAGAUAUUCCAAUUAUAGCGUUAGGACAUUCUAUGGGCGGAGCAAUGGCUGCGUUUUGUGGACUUGAUUUAACGGUAAAUAAACAAGAAAAAAAUGUCCAGGUUAUGACAUUUGGACAACCUCGUAUUGGGAAUGGUGUUUUUGUAUCUCUCUACAGCAAACUAGUUCCAAAUACAAUCCGAGUUACAAAUGACCAUGAUAUUGUUCCCCAUUUGCCUCCAUACUAUUAUUAUUUACCACAGAAGACAUACCAGCACUUUCCGAGAGAGGUAUGGCUUUAUAACAUUGGAUUAGGUAGUCUGGUGUACAGGGUUGAGAAGAUUUGUGAUGGAUCUGGUGAGGAUCCAUCUUGCAGCAGGUCAGUGAGUGGGAAUAGCAUCACAGACCACCUAGUCUAUUAUGGCGUUGACAUGGGAUCAGAUGAUCCACAAUCAUGCAGAAUCGUUAUGAAUUCUGACGUUCCGAGUACUAGCAGCAUCAGAGAUUCAAGAGGAAACUUCAUCUUAUCUAGAAAUCCUACAAGUUCCCUUCUCAAAUUGAGUACAGAGUUUGACAAUAAGGAAAAGGCCGUUAAUGUCUAUUGAAUUGGCAUGAGAUAUCUCUUGCAACAUAAUUGUGGGACGUAAUACUUAUUCUUUUCUUUCUUCACAGUCCUUUCAAAUGCGGCCGAAGAAUUUUAUCAGAAUUAGCUGUAACUGGAAGAAGAUUGUGUGUAUAGUCUUUGUAUAUAUUCAUCCUUGUAUAUAUGACUCAUAAUUCUUGGUGCCGAUGUUAAGUGUUGAAUUUCACAUGCAAAUUCUACUCAUUUGACUAAUAAUAUUUGAUUUAUUCAUUUUUUUUU